ACAAUUUUCUUUUACGAAUCAUUGAACCUACCUUUUAUAAUUAUAAAGCUUCCCUCCACAACCGCAACACAAAGUGAUCUAACCAUAGCUAUCAUGUUGCUGUUUUUAACUAAUCAUUUCUUUCUUGUCAUCAACAUUUUCCUUCUUGGAUCACCACUAUGUUUUGCCGCCCGAUCAACACCACAAACGUUUACACCGAAACAAACACAUAUAACCGUUGUAAACCAGGACAACAAAUGGAUCGACAUUAGUGGCUUCUUCAAUUCCCAAAAGGGAAGCCAGGUCUUGGGUUUAUCCAAGCUCAAAAAAUACUUUCAUCGAUUUGGCUAUCUCCCAUCUCAAGAUUACAAUGUAUCCGAUAAUACAUUUGACCCAACGUUCGAAUCAGCCGGCAUUCAUUAUCAAUCAAGACUUGGUCUCCCUGUUACUGGUAAGCUCGAAUUUGAAACUGUGUCUAAGAUAAUGGCGGCAAGAUGUGGUGUCCCUGAUUUUCAUACGGCUCAAACAUUGCAUGCAACAAAAGACUACGUGUUUUUUCCAGGGAAACCACGAUGGGCUCGUCACGUGCCUAUGAAACUCACCUACGCAUUCUCAAAGGAAUAUUUGAUCAACUACUUGAAGAUAUCAGAUAUUAAGGUCGUGUUUAAACGCGCUUUUGGUAAAUGGGCAUCUGUUAUUCCAGUGAGUUUCAUUGAGACUGAUGAUUAUGGUUUUGCUGAUAUCAGAAUAGGGUUUUACAGCGGUGAUCACGGCGAUGGAGAGCCGUUUGAUGGGGUUCUGGGAGUGCUGGCCCACUCAUUUUCACCUGAGAGUGGAAAAUUUCAUUUAGAUGCAGCAGAGACGUGGGCCAUUGAUUUUGAAAUGGAGAAAUCACCGGUGGCCGUUGAUUUAGAAUCAGUAGCUAUACAUGAGAUUGGGCAUUUGUUGGGGUUGGCCCACAGUCCUAAUAAGGAAGCCGUCAUGUAUGCAACCUUGAAACCUAGAGAUAAAAAAGUGGACUUGGCUCUUGAUGAUAUACAGGGAGUCCAAGCUCUGUAUGGAUCAAACCCUAAUUUCACGUUUGGCUCUUUGUUGGAGUCUGAUAUUUCAACGAAUCCGGCAGUUAAUUUAAGAAUCAGAUGGUUUAUGUGGGCCACUUUGAUUCUACUUUGGUUUUUGAUGUUCAUGUAGUUAAAAUGUCUAUGGUCUCCGGUUUAUGAGGAGCGUCAAAACGAUUAGAUAUAUAGAAUAUACGCAUGCAGCCCAAAAUCUAGCGGUGCUGACGGACUUUUGAUUUGAAGGUUUGUUUAGGACUUGUGGUUAUGGUUCCUCUUCA